AUGAUGAUCUGGCCGUAUGUACUCACCGAGAGUGCAUCACCCAGAGUGCCGUCUGCAGAUGGUGCUUCUUUGCCUGCAGGUCAGGGAGAAAAGCAACAGCAUGUGGUUAAGCGGUCGAUGCAGAACUGUGAAAGCGCAUAUGACAACUACUGUUUGAACAACGGCCAGUGCAUACUGCUUGUGGACAUCAAUGAACACCACUGCAAGUGUGAGACAGGCUUCAUUGGUUCCAGGUGUGAGAAACUGGAACUUGUUUUGGGGCCAGAAGGUGAAAAGCAAAUAAUUAUCAUCAUUUUCUUCAUGAUUCUGCUGAUUAUUGGAUUGGCUGGAGCUCUGUACUUUUUCUGCAGAUGGUAUAAGAAGAAUAGUUUUCGACGUCAGCUGAAGCGGCAGGGUUACAAAGGAGUCGAGAUGGCUUAG